AUGGCUGAACUCCUAAACAAACCCCGAUCCGAACUCACCGAGUACGAGAUCGCUCAGCUCGAAGAAUACGAGUUCGCCAAUGGGCCCCUCUCAAUUCUACAGACUGCCGUCAGAACACACAAUCAAGUUCUGAUCUCGUGUCGAAACAACCGAAAACUCCUCGCCAGAGUUAAAGCCUUCGAUAGACACAGCAAUAUGGUGCUCGAGAACGUAAAGGAGAUGUGGACUGAAACACCCAGAAACGCACAGGGCAAGAAGGGACGGCCGGUGAACAAGGAUCGAUUUAUCAGUAAGAUGUUCCUACGAGGUGAUUCUGUGAUCCUUGUGCUUCUUAGUUAG